AUGGCUGCUUCUAUCCCGAUGCUAGAAGACGAUGCUGAAGGUGAUGCGACUGACUGGCCCGAGGAUGGACAGGGAGACAUUCAGAUGGAAGAGAAUGUCACCCCAGCUGCGCUACCGCACAAGGUGGCUGAUCCACUGAGUGGUGAGAAGGUGUCGCCUGUGAAGCCCCGGGUCUUGUUCGGCACAAUCACAAGUAGAGAGAAGCUCGCAGCAGACAAGGCAGGUCUAGUUCCCAGUGCUUCUGUGGAGGAUCUUACUGCAGGCACAGCAGAUGGAGGCAGUCCGAUCCAGUUGGUGCAGACCAAAGCACAGAAGAAAGCAGAUGCCAAGGCCAAGGCCCAAGCCAAGACCCAAGCCAAGACUGACCCUCUCACCCCUGCCCCAGAGUCCGCAGUCCAGCAGCAGCCACUUCCCAAGAAAAAGGGCUGGCCCAAAGGCAAGGCAAAGGCAAAGUCGGGUGUCAUGAAGAAGCCUGCCAGUCUCAAACGGCCUGACAUCGACCAGGAGAUGCACGAGAAGGAGGCAGACACCGCAGCCCUCGAGCCCGUGAAGGACCAGGACGAUGACAAGAAGGAUGGCAACCAGGAUGACAAGCAGAUCAGCCCGACCAAGUCAGACCGAGAUGCACUGGAGAUUGUGCUCCACAAGAAUGCGAACGUGGAGUGGCCAGACAAGGUGACUUUUGCUGGUCGACACAGGAACAAGAACAAGGAUGCAGCCAAGCUGUGGGAUUUGCACAGAGAGAUGUUCUACAGGUACGUUCCCCAGCACCAUUGGACUGAGAAGAAUGAGCGCCUGUUCUACAGUAUUGCAGAUGCGGACAUGACCACAGUCCAGAUCAUCCAAGCCUUCAAGAGGAAUCAGCUGUCAGUGAUCUUCCGAGAGUGUGCACAGUGCAUGCCAGAGGACCGAUCUAUUGAAUCUAUUGUGAAGAUGCCUCAACUGGCUCCGGGGAUUGAGGUGGACACAGAAGUAAUCCAGACGCCCGUGCCCAUGUUGUGGAAGCAAGGAUCGAUAGUCAGUGAAGCCCGACCAAAAAAUGCGUUUGUGAGUGUUAUGUAUGAAGUCACUGCAGUGACUGUGUUAUGCUUCCUUGUCGAUGCAAGCUCCUCUCUCAUGUUGUGUGUGUGUGGCCCUUGGCUAAUGAAGAUUUUGGAGGACAAGCACCUGCAGUCCUGCAGUCCUGCUGUCUUUUUAGCCAUGGACCCCGAACCUGUAGCGAAUCAGCAACAACUUUACACCUUGUAUGGUGAGGCUAUGGCUGUCCUCAAAGCAGAGCUGGAUGUGAAGAAUGCAGAUGGUCAGCCACAAUUCACAGAUGUUUGUGAAUGGUUGGGUCAGAAGCUAGGCUCCGAUGGGGAGAGGUCGGCUCACCAGGCAAAUCUGGAGCAGCUCUUGGCUAGCUGUGAAGCAGUGGCUGGAGCUGGGGUGACCUCCUUCCAGUCCUCAGUCACCAGUCCUGCAGACCUCCAGGCCUUCAGUGUCGCAGUCAGCAUUGGGACGACUGUUACCAUGGCAUGCCAUCUUCUCGCCUAUGCUGCGAUGAAGCUUGAUUGGAUGAACAGUCCAACAGUCCUGGACCAUGUCAAGAAGGAUGUGGCGGGCCGAUUGAUGAGCUGUCUCUGCAACUGGGACAUGAUGGACACAUGUGAGAAAACAUUUAAUUUCCAGUUUGAGAAGCAGCCUCCGAACCAUCACCCCCUGCGGGAAAAGGUGAGAUUUUUGGGCGGUUUUGUUUUGGAGACUGUUGAAGAGCUCGAAGCCAACGUGUUGCAGAAAGACUUCGCACGGAUGGUGGCCGAGUGGCAACAGUUCGUAUCUUCGAGCAUGCACAGGCAAAGCCAGCCUCACUGGUGGACAGAUGCAGAGGGUGACUACCUUGACAUCGUCAUCUUUGAUUGUCAGGAAGCUUUGGAGUUUCGCGGGAGGCAUGCCCGAAGUUUGAUCAGUCCUAAAUGCUUGACGUCGGCGCUCGGCAUCGUGGUGGAUUCUGUGAGGGCAGCUCCUGAGCCUGAGCGUGUUGCUGUUGCUGCAGGCAACAGCAACACAGGAGUUUCCCAGCGAGAGGAUGUUCCCGUGGACUUGCAUUUGUUCUAUGCAUGUGUAGCACAUCAUAUUCAAAACUUGCAAGACAUCCCCGACAUCAUGCAGAUGGUGGGCACCAUGCUGUUGCCCUCCAUGGGCUUGGAGCCGGCGAACGUGCCAGUUCCGAAAUCCAGAAGGACUUUUGCAAGGGACAUCAUCAAAUUGGAUUUGAUUCACACAUUGAGUAAUCGGAUCUUCAACAAAGCCGGGGAUCCACGGUGGCGGCGUGCCCGCUACCUGGGCAGCGACUCGUCGCCCCAAGGUGGCUACGAUUACUUCGCAGUUACUGAGGACGUUCUGGAAAGGAGUCCCGCCUUGGACUUCCUGUCGGUGCCUGAGGAACAGUUCGAUGCUUUUGGAGGUUUCACCUGGCACAGGCGAACGUUGCCCCUCACGACCUUGGCACGUGGGCACGGCUCGGCAUCAAUGAAAUUCUGUCGUCUGCUUCAUGUUCUGCACCAGGAACAGGGUGCAGAAAACAUAGACAUGUAUCGGAGUGAAGUCAAAGGCUACUUGAGCGAUCAGGGUUUUUUGCACAAUGCUUACGGCAUUCCCGGAGUAAUGCACAUUCUUUUCAAUGCCCUUGAAUCAGCUCUCAAAACUUCCCCGUUGUGGGGCCCGUACGAGACGGAGCUGAGGGCUGUGGGCAGGGUUUUUUCGCAGAAGUCUUAUGUAGAUCUUGUGCUUCAAUUCACACCUGGCCUGUCAGCAGCAGACCAAGAGCUCAUACGUGGGCUGGAUGUUGCAGUGCUCGAUCGGAGAUGGGAAAGCAUCGAGUAUUGUGCAAAGUACUGGAAGCAAGUGAUUCGUGCUGCUUUGGGCAGCACGAAGAACCGGGCAAUGACCUUGUGGACAAGCGUUCUCUCCGGAGCUGCAAUCCCGUUCGAGAACGGCAAAGAGGCUGUUGGACCCUCAAACGGGUCCGUCAGCAACGGGGUCCUUGUGUGCGUGGAAAGGAAAGCGUCUGUGUGUGUUCGCCUGGGAUGGCCCUCAGAAGUUUUGGACAUCAUUCGUGAGGUGAGUGUUAGUGAUUUGAACAAUGAGUUGCUGAAGUUUGACCAAGAUCUGGCAAAUGAGAUUCUGCGGACAGAUGGUCUAGUGCGACAGAACUUGGAAGCGGUCCUGCGAGACAAGUUCGCUUGGUGCCAGAAGCUGCCUUUCAAAGUAGCAGGUAUCUUUCGUUUGUACGUAGAUAAGUCUCUGCCUGAGGUCAUAGGGUUCGCAAAGUCGUGUUUCCAGGAAUAUGCUGCAGCUGCCGAGGCCGGCGUCAGCAUAGAUCCUAUCAGUGUUUUCCUAUGCGGGAAACAAAGUGACGAAAGCCGUCAACUAUGGCAGUUUGCCCAGCAGGACAUCACUGGUGGUCGCACACUGAGGUCGCUGCGACAAUUUCCACGGGCGUUCGCGGAAAUCCAGGAGCGAGCGUGGUGCCCCAUGGCAGAGCGGUUCUUAGAGUCGCAACAUCGAGGCAUCAAGUGGGCUUUUCGCCGAGGCUUCACUAAGGCGAAGCCUGCCGUAACCUGUGCACGGCUUCGUCGGAAUCAGGUCCUGCAAAUGGUGACCAGCGACGGUGACCGAAGGUUGCAUGUGAUGCAGCAAUGGGCGAGGAGAUCAUUGUUUCAGGACCUGUUGUGCCACGUUUUGAGUCCGACCGAAAUAGCAGGAAUGAGCGAAGCUAAGCGGUUGCCGCGUGUUUACUGCUACAGCUUGGCUGAUCAUUUCCACGACGUCGAGGCCGCUGAAGCCUUCAAGGCUGCUGCUGCAGCAGCCAUCACCAACCAAGCGGCGAGUGGGCCAGUCCUGAAGCCCGGCCACAGGCAGUGGGUGAGUUUUCUGAAGCAGCAGCUCAGCAACGGCACCCUAUGUUCCUUCCCCCGAAGUAUCUUCGAACUACUUUCAGCAGAUGAUGAGCCGGAGGAGGAGGACAAGGAAGGUGAUGAUGCUGAAGAUGACGUAGAUGAUGACCUCCUGUCUGAGGCUCUUGGUGACGAAGAAUUCGGACUCCCGGACUUGGUCCCCGGAGGAACAGUUUACUGUCAGGUCAUCGAUGCCCGACCCGAAAAUCGUGCGUCUGUGAAACAGGGUCUCGCUGAGGACAAAGGCAGAAACGGGAUGCUGGUGCAGAUCUUCUCGGACGUUCGCCCGAUCACGAAUGUAGACGGUGUUUGCAAUCGUGUUGAGGUGUGUGGGUCUGGGUCGUCUGUGACUAUGCUGAAUCUGUCGCGAGCCUGCACACGUGACCUCGUGUUGUCGAUGUUUCAGCAGGUUUGUGUCUGGUCUGCUGAGUCUGCGGGCAUGCGGUUAGAGAUUCAGAGCGGGCCUGCCGGGCCUGAGGAAGACCUCUUCCCUGCCCUACCAGACAUCAAUGCAGGCGAUGAAUUGGUGGAUGAUGACAUGAAGCUGGAUGUUUUCGUGCAGCAAGUAGUAGAGAACUCCUUGGUAGCACAGGCAGACAUUUUGUCAGAGAGGCAGGCAGGCAAGGGGUUGUCAGUGGGCAGUGCCGCCGUUUCUCUCUCCCAAGAGGAGCGGCAGGUGGCGGAUGCCCUCGUGAAUGCCGGCGCUCUAGGUUCGAGCGAGAUUUCCUUGAUGAGGCUCUCAGCAGAGCACAACGUGGCGAUGAGCCACGUGCUGCGCCUCUGCGAAAGGGGCUUGCUUGCGGUCCGCUUUGACGACUUCGGGGAUGCCCAGGUCGCCUUGGUGGCUCCGUUUUUGCUGCAGCCCAAAACCUUCUGGGUCGACCCCCUGCCUUUGAGCCAUGCAAGAGUGGAGCUCCUCAACAGGUCCCGAAAGAAGGGUACCACCAAACUUGAGUUUGUGAGGGCUCUUGUGCGAAGUGGAUGGCACUGGCUCAAUCCUGGGCAGGACACCCCUGAGCAGAUUUCAUCUGAUGAUGUUCCCGGGUGUUUGCCGAAGAAUGUGUUGACUCUUACCGAGUCGCAUCUGAAGGCUUUGUUCCUAGCACCAUGGAUUUUUCAGAAGCCGGGGAAGUUGCCACGAAUGUUUCACGAGCAGAAGCAGGCGUACUAUGAGUAUUUGCUGGCUGCUGCGGAUUUGAGUAGCAUCGCUCACAUGUCGCAGAGCGACAUCACAGCCUUUUUCAGCAAGGACAAAGCAGCCGGACGGCGAGUCCGGGGUCUUGCUCAGAGGCUGCGGGACGAAUCUGAUGUGAGUGGUGAUGAAGGUGAGCAGAGGCCUGUUUUAGAGGACCUUAAAGCCUUUGUAACGUCGGAGGCCAUUGAGGCCAACGAGCCUUCGGCUUUGCAUCCCGACCUUCGCCAGGCCCCUGUGCAAUCCAGAGUUCCGGGCCUUGACUGUAAAAUUUACUUUGACAACUUCAGCCAUGAGUCGGGCAAGUUGCGGGCCUUCUGCCAGUGCCCGUAUCACCGUGACAAGAGAUGCAGGUUGUACUUGUUUGUGGAGCAUUUGGGCCGCUCAGAGACGGUGGCGAAGCUGCUGGCUUGGGCGAGCAUGGAAGCAGCCUCUGUAGAGGAACAUCUCAGGUUGCGGCCGACACAGGCCCAGAUUGAUUGCAUGCUGCACUUGCAGAGCAUCUAA